GGGGGGCACGAGGCCAAACCCCACUCCAGGCCCUACAUGGUGUCCAUCCAGAUCAGGGGGGUCCACGCCUGUGGGGGGGCACUGCUGCACCGGCGCUGGGUGCUGACGGCUGCGCACUGCCUGCCGCCGGGGGCUGCGGUGAGGGCGGUGCUGGGGCUGCACAGCCUGCGGGAGCGCGGGGCGGCCACGCAGACCUUGGGCAUCCGGGCAGCCUGUCCCCACCCCGGCUACGACCGCCGGACGAUGGAGAACGACCUGCUGCUACUGCAGCUGGAGGGGACGGUGACGCUGGGCAGGACGCGGCGGCUCAUCAAGCUGCCGGGGAAGGAGCCGGCGGCCGGGGGGGGCUGCAGCCUGGCGGGGUGGGGGGUCCGCCAGCGCGGGGGGCUCUCGGCCACGCUGCAGGAGCUGGAGGUGACAGUGCUGGACACACGGAUGUGCAACAACAGCCGCUUCUGGAACGGCGAGAUCAGCCCCACCAUGAUCUGCUUCCAGGGGCGCCAGAGGGGCUCGGGACCCUCCAAGGGUGACUCGGGGGGCCCGCUGGUGUGCGGGGGCCGGGCGGCCGGCGUGUUGUCCUUCACCAGCCCCCAUCCCACCGACCCGUUCAAGCCGCCGGUCGCCUCUUCAGCCGUGAAACACAAGAAAUGGAUUCAGAAAACCCUGCGGAGGGGCUGCAAACACCCCCGCCCGGCCUGGGGCCGUGGGACAGAGAGGCCCCCUUUCCUAUUUACACAGGUUGGCUUUUAA